GUCGAUCAUCAGUAUUCGCGAAAUGUUCGGCGAGUGUAUAUAAAACGAAGCGUCGCGACGCCGCUCGCUCAGUCCUCGUUCCGGACUCCGUCGUUGGCUAACCUCGCCGUCGCGCUACAGGUACUACCCCUCGAGUACCGCGCCAAACGAUAUUUUCCGCCACCGAACAUUCUUCUUCACAAACAUCCCUUAACAAACAAAUAUAAACAAUAAAAUUACAUCGGAAGAAAAGAAAGAAAACAAAACUAAAUUUAAUUUAAUCUUCGUUUAAGGGAACGGAGAACUCCGAGUUUGCUUAGCCAUUAGAAGAGUCGGUGUAAAAACAGAGAAGGGAAUCUGGCCUUUUCUCACUUUGCCCCAAGAGUGCUACCCUUUUUUUCCUCAGCUCGCUGUCCUCCACCUCCUCCAGUCGUUUUGCGAGGCCAGGUUUUUUCGCCCUUCUACGUUUUCCCCCUUUUUUUCCACGUCUGUUUGUUUCUUCGUGACUUAAUGUGUGCACGCUUCGCACGGCUGGUGUAAAUGAUCCGACAUAUUUCACCACCUCCGUCGGAUUAUCGCCAGCUUCCAGAAGGGAUUCGUCAAGCAACAAGUCACCUUCUCUUCGGACACCACCGGGGGAUGCGUUGCUGACCCAGCAUGGAUUACAUCAGCCUCUUGUGCUGCCUCGUCGCCUUCCUACUCUACUACAACACACUCGAUGCAGGCUUCGUCUACGAUGACCGGCGUGCGAUCCUGAGUAAUCCCGACCUGCUGCCGACGACGCCGUGGCAUCGAUUGCUGCAGGACGAUUUCUGGGGAACACCUCUGAGCGAUUCCGGUUCUCACGGCUCCUACCGUCCGCUCUGCGUCCUCUCCUUCCGGUUGAAUUACCUCCUCGGGGGCUUCCAACCAUGGGGCUAUCACCUGGUCAACGUUCUUCUCCAUUGCUUGGCCACAGUACUUCUAGUGCGCGUCUCAAGGCACAUCCUUCCAAGGAGCAGAUCUUCGGUGGGUUCCGCAGUCACGGGACUCAUCUUCGCCACGCACCCCAUCCACACGGAAGCGGUCGCUGGGGUAGUGGGUAGAGCGGAUUUGGCAGCGUGUAAUCUCUACCUGCUCUCAUUCCUCGCCUACAUAUCACAUAUAAGGUGCAGGGACAUCCCUUGCUGCAGCAAAUUAAACGUGACCGAGGGUGGAUUAAAGCAGUUCCGCGGUUUAAAAUACCACCGCUUCGUGGUGAAUCUGCAGAACAAUGUGACAAACUGUAACUGGCCGAAAAGGCUCGGACGGGAAGUAACUCAGAGCGAGGCUGCGGUCAGUUCGGUCCAGAGGAGUGCGGAUUCGGAGGAUAGCCCUUGCUGCUGGAGAAAUAACACCAAACGAUGGCUCACUUUAUCCGUAUCAAUCCUGCUAUCAAUCGCUUCGAUGCUGAGCAAGGAAACCGGGAUCACGGUCUUGGGAAUCUGCCUACUCUUCGAUUUUCUCCAAUCGCCCACCAUUAACAAAAGACAAUGGAAGAGUGGAUUUGUAUUGAUCGGAGCGAUGAUGGUGAUGUUGAUGGCACGAUUGCAAGGACCGACACCGCAGUUCGCAACUGCAGACAAUCCGACGGCAAAGGAUAAUAAUUUGUUGACACGCUUUCUGACAUUCACGUAUCUGCCAGUGUUGAAUGUGUGGUUGAUGCUGUGUCCGGUCAGUUUGAGUUUCGAUUGGGGGAUGGACGCGGUGCCGCGAAUUUCGGGCUUCGGUGACAUCCGCAACGGCUGCACGGUUGCCUUCUAUGGAUCCAUGCUCCUCGUGAUUAGAUAUUGUGUGAAUGGUUUAUGGAAGCGUGGACAUUAUCGUGAGCUUCUAUCUGGUAAACAAAAGGGCGCGCGCGACAAUGCGACUGCGUUUUCGAGUGACGACAAAGGACGCCUUUGUCCUUGCACGGUGUGCCAUCAGAGCCUUUCUGAAUUGCACUCCGCCUCGUGCCGUUCGAAUAAUAACAACAAUAGUCUUCACUCGACGUGCAUUUGUUGGCGACUUCCUGUGCGGUCUGCCCAAAGGAGUCCCGUUCGGAGUACACGCGAGGUCCGCACCUUCUCGGCCAUCCUCAUGGCUAUAGCCUUCCUGGCUCUUCCAUUCCUCCCGGCCACCAACAUACUCUUCUACGUCGGCUUCGUCGUCGCCGAGAGGGUCCUGUACCUACCCAGCGCCGGUCUGUGUUUGCUCAUCGGACUCGGUGCUGCCCAAAUAUGGUCGAAGAAAAGUUGGAGAUUACCAGCAACGAUCUGUCUCUUCCUCACCCUUCUCGCUUUUAGCGUGAGGACAACCGUUCGCAACCUGGACUGGACUAGUGAGGAAGCCUUGUACCACUCGGCGGUGCCCAUCAACCCUCCCAAAGCUUACGGAAACCUUGGUAGCGUACUCAGCAGUCAGGGCCGCGUGGCGGAAGCGGAAUCCGCCUUCCGGAAGGCUCUCCACUUCAGACCCAACAUGGCGGACGUCCACUACAACCUGGGAGUACUGCUGCAGGGCAAACAGCAAUUGAGUGAGGCCAUAUUCAGUUUCCAAAGGGCCAUUCAUUUUCGCCCUUCACUUGCGUUGGCGUACGUGAAUUUGGGAGCAGCUUUAAUAGCAGCCGGUAGAUGUCAAGAGGCCGUGUCUGUUCUUCGGGAAGGGUCAAGGGUUGAUGGUACUGGACUGAGAGACAGGCGAGAGCAUGACACUGCCAGAGUGUCGGCUCUGCUACAGCUGGGAGCUCUGUAUUCGGAUCAGGGCCGGCUUCAAAGAGCCCUGGCGACUUACAGGGAAGCGGCACAUUCUCUUCCCGAUCAUUAUCCACCUCAGAGUGUUUUCAACGUACUGGGUGAGACUUUGGCACGUCUUCAUCAGGAUGAGGAGGCGGAGAGGUGGUAUCAGGCUGCAUUGAACGCACAACCAGACCACGUCCCUGCUCAUAUAACUUAUGGCAAACUUCUGGCCAAGAACGUCAGUCGAAUCGUCGAGGCGGAGCAGUGGUUCCGAAGGGCCAAACGUUUGGCGCCAGAAGAUGCCAGCGUUUACCAUCACUAUGGUGAAUUUCUGGCAUCAAAAGGUCGGCACAAGGAGGCCGCUAAUCUGUACGAAAAAGCGGCAGAACUGAAACCAAUGGACUACGAAUUGGCAGUCGCUGCAGCCACAGCGAUGCGACAAGCAGGAAGACACGGAGAUGCAGAGCAUUGGUAUAGGAGAGCCGUGCUGCUGAAACCCUCCGAUGCCAGAGGACACACGAAUCUAGGAGCAAUUCUUCACCUGAAUGGAAAAUACCGAGAGGCAGCCGACAGUUACCGGGAAGCUUUGCGGUUGCAGCCUAACGAUGUGACUACCCUAACAAAUUUGCAUAGACUACAUAGCGUUAUGACUUGACGAUGAACAUCGUCCAACACGAAAACCCAAAUAUCAAACUCCAAGUUACUUACUUGGAUACUUCCUAAUUGAAUGUUGAGUUACAUAAGAGAAAGAAAAAAAAAUGAUUUCCGUAUCAACGAAUCAGCGAUUACAUGUGCUAAUUGUGUGCUUUAUGAAAAAAAAAUCGCCGAUGUUUUGGGACCACGGUGUGCAUGCUCGGCAAAUUAAUUGAAGCUAAACAGAAUAAACAAAAAAAAUAUUCACAAAAGAAAAACACGAUGGGAUU